AUGAACUCUCUGAACUUAUUAUCAGAGCGCGUAAUUGGACAAAAUGUCCCCUCCAGAACUUCUAACGACCGGCCGCGAUCUUAUUCAGAUGGCACGUUGAAUAGGACAACCCCAGAGCCGAAACCAAAGCGCAGCUCGAGUCAGCAUGAGAGGAAAGCUCCAAAAGAACGCGAACUGGAGGAUGAGAAGAUAGGAUACAGCGAGCUGGAUGAGUCUGGCUCGGUCAUCGAAUCGUCACAGCUGGAAAUCGACGAGAAGACUCCCCUCCUCAGGGAGCAAUUAGCAGCAACGAGAACCUCUUCCACAUUUGGCCGGCUGCGUCUUGCUGCGAAACGCCUUGUUCAUGCCUUGACAACAUCCAUCAGGUGGGUGCUUUCCACAUUAGCUUCUCCGUUUGUCUACCUAGUAGGCAGCUUUCAAGAUGAGAAAGGAAGAUUUUCUGUCCUCCUCCCCGUCCGGAAGAUUGGAAAGUUGGUGCCUAAGCGUAAUGGGCAGAAGUCAACCGCGCAGGCAAUUGGUCUCUCGGGAUCAAGCGAGACUUAUGGUCCUGGGUCCAGAAGUAAGACAAGGGCAAGAGAAGUGGCACCGAACUCAACUGGGGCCAAAAGGCAGAGCGGCAAAUUAUCAACGCCUUCGUCCGAAUCCAAUCCCGAGUCAAGAAAGAAAUCCAGUGCUCCAAAUGAGCCUCAAACGAGACAUUUACAUCUUCAUACAUCGUCCUCCUCUGACGAACUGCCGCAGAAUCGUCGAUCGACACGCAUAAAGCACAACAAUGAAGAAAGCACGAGGAGACGUAAGCAGAAAAAAUCCGCAGGUGGGUUGAUAGACGCGAAAGGGUCUACUAGAAGCCGCGUGGAACCUUCCUUGACCGUAAGGACAAUCAAAUCUCCAACCUCGCCGGUCUCAUCUGUCAAAUCAUCUGGUUUCUCUCGUUUGCCAGCUCCGCCACGUCCUCUGAUUCCUCCUCGGCAGCCAUCAUAUUCUACGCAGCCCUCACGCUCAUCCCGGCUUGCUCAGAAGACGUUAGUGAUAGAUCUUGACGAGACCCUUAUUCAUAGUCUCGCAAAAGGCGGCCGGAUGAGUAGUGGUCACAUGGUCGAGGUCAAAUUGAACACAACUGUUGGAUAUGGCGCAGGCACAACUUUGGGCCCUCAGCACCCCAUCCUCUAUUACGUACAUAAACGGCCCCAUUGCGAUGAUUUCCUUCGAAAAGUGUGUAAAUGGUAUAAUCUAGUUGUUUUUACGGCUUCGGUCCAAGAGUACGCUGAUCCUGUCAUCGAUUGGCUCGAGCAAGAACGAAACUAUUUCUCCGGCCGAUAUUAUCGGCAGCACUGUACCUUCAGAAACGGUGCCUACAUCAAAGAUCUGAGCUCGAUUGAGCCUGAUCUAAGCAGAGUCAUGAUAUUAGAUAACAGUCCGUUGAGUUACAUCUUUCACGAAGAUAACGCGAUACCUAUUGAAGGGUGGAUCAAUGAUCCUACUGACAAUGACCUUCUUCACUUGGUGCCGAUUCUGGAGGCUCUGCAAUAUGUGACUGAUGUUCGGACAUUGCUUGCUUUACGAAGAGGCGAAUUGGAUGCAUAG